AUGGCGGGCAUUGUGGAUUUCCCUGGUUCUUCCCAUUCAUUUCGAGCACCCAAUGAAGAGCACCGCGACAUUCUCGGAAUUGAUUAUAGGGAGAGUGAUUCGUCUAACACUCCCUUAUCCGAGCGCUGUUCCUUCACGGACACUGGAUACCCUGAUGUAAUGCCUGGAAGGUUGUCUUCGGAUUCUUCGUCGUCUACGACACCCACACCGUCUCGCGCUUCUUCCCCUCUGCCGUUUUCUUUCCAUUCUUCAUCUUCAUCAGAAACCGAGUCCAACUCACCUCUACUCGGCCUUGCAAGAUAUACAUCCUCGGGAGAGAGCCGUUGGAUCUGGCGUAACUUAGGUUCAAGUUCUCCAAGGAGGCGUAAACGAGAUGGAAGAAGGUGGAGAAUCUUCAAGGGUAUUUUGAGACGUAUUGUCAGACACCCGUUAUUCCCUCGUCAACCGCUAACUAUCAUACUUGCGCUCCUGGAAGCUUUACCUUGGAGGGCAUACUGCACCAUCCCGCCAACAACAUCCGUUCCUCCGCGCUACCGUAAUACAUUGCUAUACCCGUACAUCAACCCCCUUCCCAAAGUGAUGCCACCAUCGUUUCCACCGGAUGAUCUUGAUACACUGCCCCCCGCAGGACUGUUCUUAGCUGUCUUCUCGAUGGAUUCGUCACUGGAACGUAGAAUGUUGAUUAGAACAACAUGGGCAGCACAUCCCCGUAGUCGUAAUGGCGCAGGAGAAGGGGACGGCGGGAUGGGCACCUCGAGAACUGUGGUGCGUUUUGUUCUCGGACAGCCCCGCAAGGGAUGGGAAAGACGUAUUCAAUCAGAGAUGGAAAUGUACAACGAUAUGAUAAUCUUGCCCUGCUCAGAAAACAUGAAUUCCGGCAAAUCGCAUGCCUACUUCACGUGGGCAGCAUCGAAUGCUUGGGUCCCACCAGUUUACUUCAAUACCACAUACCCUGUGCCGGAAUUCUCUUACUCGAGUCAAUAUACCCCUGCUCCCCGCCUUGCCCCUCAUGAUCCCUACCUCGCUUGGAAGGACAGUGCCUCGGGUCAUCCACGGCCUUGGGUGCGGCCCGAUUAUGUGGCUAAAGUCGAUGACGAUGCUUUCGGCAGAGGCCAUACGGCAUGCCCUACACUUCGCCAAUUUCGACAUCCUUCAGAGCCGAGACAACCAAAGGUGGAACCGCAGACCGGUGCUCCUGCCGAUAUCCCUAUACCAUCGAUGGUUGAACGGGAGAUGCCGCGCGACGGAUCAGCGGAUGACCCAUUGGUUUACUGGGGCUAUCUUGUUAAAGAAAAGUUCAUGGCUGGCGAAUUGUAUGGCUUGAGCUGGAGUCUUGUCGAUUGGGUUUCUAAGGAUCCAAACGUCAAAGGUCUUACCAAGGGCGCAGAGGACAAGCAGACGGCCAAAUGGAUGGGACUACACCCACGUGCAGCGGAGAUCCGCUGGUCAAGCGACCAUUGCUGGAUAUAUGAUCAUCCUCGGUCAGGGACUGUAUACUCCCAUGGCUUCCUGUUUCCUUCCGAAGUCUCUCGUGUUAAGAAAUCUGUUUUGGCACUUCUUGACAAAAUGUCCCGUAAUUCAUCGACCGGGACGACUUUUGUAUCAAAUACAGCUGUUGGGGCUUCGACACUUUUAUCUUUAUCACACUCAAGUGUUUCGGCAUUUGGUACCCGGUACCAGCAGCCCUUACAAGAGAUGGAUUUGGCUCAUAGUGUUGAGGCACUAGUUGAAGGCAGCCAUAUGUCCGAGCUGCAGGAAGGGAAGUCUACAGAGAGAGCAUGGCGCACCCGCGAGGGACGCAUCACGCAAUACGAGAACAAGCGUGUUGGUGGAACUGUCGUAGUGCACUUCAUCAAAAAGCACAUGUGGUUCUUAGAGACUGCACUCGCUUUCUUGGAAGGCGAUAAUUACUCUCAAGUUGAACUCGAGAGUCUCAAUGCGGACGAGAGCAGGCUCAACGUAGGCUUGGCGUCAGUAUGGACAGACAGUUCAGUUUUCAAGCCGACGAAUGCAAGUGCUGCAUUGUAA